AGAUUCGUGUCUAUUAAAAAUGGCGCAGAAGUUGCGGAGGAAAAGAGAAAAAUAAUUUUUUUAUUUAGAAUUUUUUUAUAAAUUGUUUUAAAACAACUUCAUCAAUGGUGAAAGAUAUGUCAGAUAUUUCUAGGAAGCAAAAACUUGCUUCUGCAAAGAAAAAGCUUAAAAAGUUUCAGCAAGAUAAAUCACCUUUAGUAAGCCCAGUUGGUCGAGAACUAGAUGCCGAAAUUUUGAGAGGGAUACAGAAUAAUCAUAUAUUCAAAACACCACCCAUUGUGUUGAAGACAAAAAAUAGUCCUGAAAAUCAUACUCAAACAGUGAGUCAAAAACUUCAGUUUACACCUGUUGAUCUUGAUAAGGAAAAUGAACAGGCAAAAGUUGUUGAAAGUUCUUUUGAGGUAGCCAAACCUGAAAAUGGAACUGAUAUAUUUUCAGAAAAUUCUCUUUAUUCGACACCAUUAAGUGCUAAGGAACCAACAAAGGAUGAGGAGUUGCAAAAUAAUCUAGCAUCAUACAAACGUGCAAACAGCAUACUUACUAACCAAGUGAAUGAGCAACGAAAGCAAAUUCUUAUUCUUCAAAAUAAAUUAAAGAAUGAACUAGCUUCAGUUAAUCACUUAAAUGAGCAACGUGCACUUAAAGAGCAACUGGAAGUACACAUUCAAACCAUUGGAAUUCUUGUAUCAGAAAAAAGUGAACUUCAAUCAAGUAUAAGUAGUUUGCAAAAAAAGUUGGCGUUGAAAGAAAGUGACACUAAGCAACUCUCUCAACGCUUAGAGAAUGCUUGUAAAAAUACAGUUGAGUUGGAAAAACGAAUUGCUGAACUUCAACAGUUAGAAAACCAAUUUAAAAAUCUGAAUAAAGAACUUGCCCAAGAAAGAGAUCGAUUUAGUAUUCGAUUAUACAAAGUCAGUCAAGAAAAGGAUGAGCUGCUGUUAGAAAGUAAAGAAAUGCAUGCUAAACUUCAAAUGAAAGCUGAAGAGUGUGCCGUUCUUAGUGGUCAAGUUCAAGAACUUCACUCAAGACUUCAGAAUGGAGAAAUAAUUGUUCAACAGUUAACUAGCAACUCUAUUGAUAAAGCUGCAUUGUCAAAAUGGCAGUCUGAAAAAGAAGAUCUUUUGCAACUCUUGAGCGAACAAAAGUCUGUUGUUCAAAAACUUGUUGCUGCAAAAUCUGAUCUUCUUCAGAAAAAUAAUGAGCAACAAGGAAAUUAUGAUUAUCAAAUAGAACAGCUAAAAAAUAAGAUAAAUUCAUUAGAAGGUGAAAAACAUACAAUUUUAGACAAAAAUAAUGACCUAGUAAAUACAAUAAAAAGUUUGCAAAGUAAAUUCGAUCAUCAGGCUUUAAGUAAAUCACAAGACGAUACACAGUUUGUUACUCUAGCCAAAUAUGAGGAAGCAGUGGCAAGCAAACUUAACACUGAAAAAGAACUUGAUAUACAAAUUAGUGAAAAUCGAAGACUUGGUUUACAAGUAUUUGAACAGAGUCAACUUAUAGAGGCAUUGCAGUCAAAUCUUGAUUUGCUGCAAUCAGAAACGUCCUCCAAAUCUCUACUUCUAGAACAAAUCCAAGCUGACAAGGAAACAAUCAGCCGUGCAUUGCAGCAAAACAAAGCAUUGAAAGAACAAUUGGCCGAGUUAGAAGAUGGUUUUGUAAGAGUGUCAAACCACAGUGCUGAGUUGACUGGGAAGCUUGAAGCUGAACAACACAGCAAUAAAGAUAUCGCAGCUAAACUAAGUGAAAUUCAGUUAAGCAUGGAGGAAACUAAGUUGCAACUUGCAACCAAAACAAGUUUAUGUGUAGGCCUUGAGGAACAAGUUCUUCAUAUCAAAGAAGAACUGAAAAAUGUUCAAAACAAGCUUAUUUCAAGAGAAAUGGAUCUAGAUUUGUCAAGAACAGAAUUACAAAGUGUUAAAAUUGAAUUAGAAAGUUUGACUCAGUCCUCAAUUCAGCAUACAAAUCAACUUAUGUUUAUUGAAAAGUUGCAAGAAGAAUUAAUUUCAGCACAAGAUGCAAUCAAUAAACUAUCUAACCAUAAUGCACAUCUUCAAGAUGUUUUGAAUGAACAGAGAACAGACAGAGAAAGUGGUAAUUUAUAUCCAAGUAGUGGAAUGGAAGAUGCUGGAGAAGAAGUAGCAUCUUUUCAAGAAAAUAAAAUAGAGGGUGAUCAAGAAGAUAGCGAUAUAUCUUGGGAUGAUGUUGAUGAUGGGGAAGAUAGUGGUUACCCAAAUAAUGUUGUACAUUUUACUUCGCAAGAGGUUGAAGACAUGCAAGCUCAAUUGCAUCAUUUGCAAGAGGAACGAUUGAAAGUAAUCAAUUUGUUGCAACAGCAAAGGGAAGAAAGCUUCCACACCAAUGAACAACUUGAAGAGCAUGUGGAAUUGAGAGUUCAACAACGACUCACUCAAAUACAGCGCGAACUACAAGAGCAUUUUUAUGAACAAACAGAAGCUUUACGUUUAAAAGUAACAUCGUUACAAGAAGCACUUGAAAUAAUGAGAAAAAACGAAGAUGUUUCAGAUUUUGAAGCAAACGACACCUUAUCAAACGGAUCACUCAAAGAUGCUUUUUUACAACUUCAAAAACGUUUUAAGUCUUUAAUGGAUAUGAAAGCUCAGCUAUUGGACCGUAUUGAUCAGUUAGAAUAUAUGAACAUGAAAUUAGAAAAUGAAACAGAGACUAUUGGUGAAUAUGUAGCUCUUUAUCAAACACAACGGAAAGCAUUGAAAGAGAAGUUUGAUGAAAAAGAUAGAACAAUACUAUAUUUAACUAAUGAACAUACAAGAAUGCAAAAUAAAGUUUCUCAGCUGCAUCAACUUGUUAUCCAGUUAAUAGAAGAAAGAUCUGGUACUGAUACGAAAAACAAAGAACUUCAAGCUCAUACCUACAGGCAGUUAACUAUACAAUCAGAAAGCAUCAACGAUAGUGAAAAAUCGUCGCUACAGUAUAAUCUAGACAACUUAUUCGGCGAAGUAAAUACUACACCAGACGACGAAUUAGAGCUUACAAAAGAAAUCCAGAUACAACCUAGCGUUAAUACGUUUCACAAUCAAACAACCCAAAAAAUUCUUCAAUUAUUCGAGCAACUGGAAACAACUGGGGAAGGCUUUCAACAUGGGUGGUUUUCCCCAGCAGCUAGAAAACAUGCUUUCACACCUUGCAAACAAUGCUCUGGGUCAUUAAUAAAUCUAUAAGAUUAACACCAAUAUUUCAAUUUUAUUACGAUAUAGGUUUUUCGUAAAAGUCUUUAGAUAGUGCAUUUCUAUAGUUAAUUUUUUUUUUUCAAAAUUUUCACUUGUAUAGUUUCGUAGUUUUCAAUUGCUAACAAUUAUUUUCCUUUAAUAAGAAAAUAUUUUUCUUUUAAAUGAGAAAACAUCUAUUUUUCUCAUAUUUAUUAUGUAUAAAAUUUAACUUUUUUAAUUUGGUUUUCUAUUGAGUUUUUUAUAUAUAUAUAUAUAAGUUAUUGGAUUGUUUAUAAUGUAUGUAUAUAUAAAAAAAAUAUUUAGCUUUUGGUGAAUUUUCUGAAUAUCUAAGCAAAAAAAACAAAAUUUAUAUUUUUAUGGUGAAACCAAAACUUUUACUGUUGAGAAUUCUUCACUAUAA